AUGCGAGUGUGGGUAUCGUCUCACGGCGCCGGAGCCAUCAACACUUUAGACAACUCCUUCAGCAUCACAGCCAACGAAGGAGGGUCGGUGAUACGACCGACGAAAGCCGGGGAACUCAAAGGAACUGUUCUAUUUCCUCUCCACGGCCUACCUAGUACUAUUUCCUAUUACAACAAGGUGGCUGUUGACUUCUCGUCUCAAACCGCACGUGUUGACGAGGUAGUAAUUAUGUCCGGCAGCGAUGAGGUCUUCCAGAAGAAGAGGCUGCGCAAAACUGGAGACUUCACCAUUCCGCUGCACGACCGCCACGUCAAAGCGGAAGAGGAGGGAAAAGGCUUGGCAUUAUGGCUCAAGGUAGAGUUUGAGAAUGUGACUGCAGAGCUUGAGUUCCGGUCAGUUGGACUUGAGGUUGUUGUGACUUCUCCACCGCCAACUGAAAAGAUUAAACUCGACAGCGGGACUUGGAAUACAGGCAAUGUUAGACCAUGGGAUCAUCCUAGAGAGAAGACCGAAGGGUUGGUCAAGUUCGCAAAGGAAUUUAGCUCAAUUCCGACGGUGUUGGUUAGCAUGAAUACCGCAAGUGUUAAAGGAGGCUCCAAUUUUAGAGUCAAGGUUUACGCGACAGAGAUUAACUCUCAUGGGUUCAUGGUCCAUGCAGAUAGCUGGGCAGAUACGGUGUUAUAUUCGUGCGGCGUGACAUGGCUAGCGAUAGGAUCUUGA